UUGGAAAAUAAUAAAAAUGGAGACCCACACACAAAUUGGUUGUUAGAGAGAUAAACAAUAAAGAAUAACAUUGCGCUGAUGCUCCACAAAACACACACACUCUGCUCCACUCACUGCAUGUGCACCGCCGAUCGGGAGUGAAUGCCAAGCUUCGCUCCACCACCUCAAAACGCUGUCGUUUCGUCUCACCAACAACACCAACACUAACAUUAACCCUAACCUCACUCAGUUAAAGGCCAAAGCCGUGGCUCCACGCGACGAGGGAACCCCUGAACCCUAUGGUCCUCGCCGCCAUGCACCUCUCCGACCCCAAAUCCACCGCCGACCGCACGCUCCUCCUCUCGGACGAGCUUCUCCUCCGAAUCUUCUCGAAGCAUCCGGAUUCGCAGCGAAACGCCAACUCCCUGGUCUGCAAGCGCUGGCUCAGCCUCCAGGGUCGCUUGGUUCCAACCCUAAAGGUCCUGGAUUGGAACUUCAUCCUCUCCGCUCGGUUAACCCACCGAUUCCCCAACCUCACGCACGUCAAUUUGGUCCCCGCCGCCUUCUCUUCCCCCAAAAACUCCAGCAUUGUCCUCAGCCACCGACUCGUCUCGAUGCACGUCGAUUCCGCCUCGCUUUUCGGCCACCACAACCUGCUACCGCCCCAGGCGGUCGACGCCGGCCUCAAAACCCUCGCCGCCGGCUGCCCCAAUUUGCGCUCCCUCGCGGUCGCCGGCGCCAGCGAGGCCGGCCUUUUCACCGUCGGCGCCGAGUGCGCCACCCUGCAGGAGCUCGAGCUGCAGCGCUGCGACGACGCCGUCCUGCGCGGCGUCGCGGCGUGCCGGAAUUUGCAGAUUGUGAGGCUCGUGGGGUGCGUGAAGGGGUUCUAUGAGAGCGUGGUUUCGGACAUUGGGCUCACGAUUCUGGCCCAGGGGUGUCGGAGGCUGGUGAAGCUGGAGCUCGUUGGGUGCGAGGGGAGCUUUGAUGGGGUGAAGGCGAUUGGGCAGUGCUGUGUGAUGUUGGAGGAGUUGGUCGUUGUGGAGCAUAGGAUGGAUGAUGGGUGGCUCGCGGGGGUUUCGUUUUGUGAGAAUUUGAAGACCUUGAGGAUUCAGUCGUGGAGGGUGAUUGAUGGGAACCCUGGGUUGGAGGAGCAUUUGGGGUGCUGUGAGACCCUUGAGAGGCUCCACUUGCACAAGUGUCAAUUGAGAGAUAGGAAUAGCGUCGCCGCCUUGUUUUCGGUGUGUAGGAAUGCUAGGGAGAUUGUUCUUCAGGAUUGCUGGGGAUUGGAUGAUGGCACUUUCAGUUUGGCAGUUAUUUGCAGGCGGGUAAAAUUGUUUUACGUAGAAGGAUGCUCAUUGCUUACAACAGAAGGUUUGGAGUCCGUAAUUGAGAGCUGGAAGGAGCUAGAGUGCCUUAGAGUAGUCUCAUGUAAAAAUAUAAAGGAUAGUGAUAUCUCUCCUGCAUUGGCAACCUUAUUUUCUACUCUCAAAGAGUUGAAAUGGAGGCCAGAUACAAAAUAUCUUUUCCCGUCUGAUGCAGGAAUAAUCAUGGGAAAGAAAGGUGGUAAAUUUUUCAAGAGAAUAUGAUGAUACAUGUAUUCACUAGAAUCUAGGCCAUGGUAUUAGGAACACAUACUCACUGAUUAUAGUGAAAUUUGUACCAUUAUGUAAUCACGUAGUUAGUUUAGAUGGUUAAUAACUAGAUAUUGACAGGGGAAGAUUAUUCCUUAUACCCUUCAACUACAGAUGUAAUUAUGUGUAAACCCAACCCAUAUCAUUCCAUGUUGGAAUUGGGUAACUUGUUCCCCUGCAGAUUUUACUGUUCUUUUGUUUCUGCCAUUAGAAUAAGGAACCAAACUAGAGAUGUAAUUGUAUGUAACCAGAACACACACAGUUGACUCCAAGUUGAAAAUUGGGUGACUUUGUUCCGCA